AUGUUUAUUUGUAUAGUCAUAAUUGGUGGCAAAACUGACCGGCCUCGUCCUGUCCUUGUCAGAUUCUCUGACUAUGCAGUAAGAAAUGCAGUAUGGGCCAAAAAAACUGCACUUAAAGGCACAUCUGUAGUCUUGUCGGAGUUCCUGACCAGGCAGAGGCAGACGUUGUUCCUUGCUGCCCGCAGGCAUUUUGGAGUGCGCAGUGUUUGGAGCCUGGAUGGUAACAUCUACAUAAAACUAUCUAGCGGCAAGAAGGAACGAGUGACGACAUCUGAACAGCUUCAGGCCUUGACCGCCCAGCAUGCGCCUGUGCAGUCAUCUGGCAACAGCGUUGCACCUGCGCCUGCGCCGGCCCCCCUGCUCGCACCGUCUUCCUCGGCCGCAGCCGGCGAGCCUGCUUCAGAUUCUGCUCUAAUACCCGCCUCCCAAGCGCCAGUGAAGGUUCUGCCCACGAAGCAGACCGAAGAACGUCGUACGAGACGUGCGCCAUAGCGAUACUACUUUCGUUUCAUAUGUUUUGUUUUGUUUGUAAUCGAGUAGUACACAACAUGGGUAUCGCUCGCACGGUAGGUUGUCAAAUCUGCAGUUGCAUUUUAUUAAUGAUCAACUACCUCUUCUAGUUUUUAAAAUAAUGUUUUGAAUCACUUUGAAC